GGCGAACGACCUUGGUGUGGGGUGCGAGUGAGCUCAUGAAACCCGAUGACAGAGCUGGGAGGCGUAGUCUGUUGACAAGGCUGGGAAAGCUGCAGGAGCACCGGGGUGACCUUGGGGACAGGAAUUAACGGCGAUGGGAUGCUAUUUAACGGCGCGGAGUGAGGGGUCACGUGCCGGAGAACACCAGGAAUCUCUCCCGCGAGCUGCGGAGCUCGCGAGCUGGGAGCGGAGGAGGCCGGCCGGCGCGUGCUGCCUGCCAGCCCCGGGUCUGGCCCUCCAGGAUGACGUGUCGGCGGGGGAGAGAGGCGCCUCGCCGCGCGCACAGCCGCAGGUGCCCAGUGACCUGACCCCGGAGGAGUGCCAGGAGCUGGAGAACAUCCGUCGCCGCAAGCAGGAGCUGCUGGCUGACAUACAGCGGCUGAAAGAUGAGAUAGCAGAAGUGACGAAUGAGAUCGAGAACCUGGGGUCCACGGAGGAGAGGAAAAACAUGCAGAGGAACAAGCAGGUGGCGAUGGGCAGGAAGAAGUUCAACAUGGAUCCCAAGAAGGGCAUCCAGUUCCUGAUCGAGAACGACCUGCUGAAGAACACGUGCGAGGAUAUCGCUCAGUUCCUCUACAAGGGGGAGGGCCUCAACAAGACGGCCAUCGGCGACUACCUGGGCGAGAGGGAUGAGUUCAACAUCCAAGUUCUGCAUGCCUUCGUGGAGCUGCACGAGUUCACCGACCUCAACCUCGUGCAGGCCCUGCGGCAGUUCCUGUGGAGCUUCCGGCUGCCUGGGGAGGCUCAGAAGAUCGACCGGAUGAUGGAGGCGUUCGCCCAGCGGUACUGCCAGUGCAACCCCGGGGUCUUCCAGUCCACAGACACCUGCUACGUGCUCUCCUUCGCCAUCAUCAUGCUGAACACCAGCCUGCACAACCCCAACGUCAAGGACAAGCCCACGGCGGAGCGCUUCAUUGCCAUGAACCGAGGCAUCAACGACGGGGGGGACCUACCUGAGGAGCUGCUCAGGAAUCUCUAUGAAAGCAUCAAGAACGAACCCUUCAAAAUCCCCGAGGAUGACGGCAAUGACCUCACCCACACCUUCUUCAACCCCGACCGGGAGGGCUGGCUCCUGAAGCUAGGAGGCGGCAGGGUGAAGACGUGGAAGCGACGCUGGUUCAUCCUGACCGACAACUGCCUCUACUACUUCGAGUACACCACGGAUAAAGAGCCGCGGGGCAUCAUCCCCCUGGAGAACCUGAGCAUCCGCGAGGUGGAGGACUCCAAGAAGCCGAACUGCUUCGAGCUCUACAUCCCCGACAACAAGGACCAGGUGAUCAAGGCCUGCAAGACGGAGGCGGACGGGCGGGUGGUGGAAGGGAACCACACGGUGUACCGCAUCUCCGCGCCCACCCCCGAGGAGAAGGAGGAGUGGAUCAAGUGCAUCAAGGCAGCGAUCAGCAGGGACCCUUUCUACGAGAUGCUGGCUGCCCGGAAGAAGAAGGUGUCCUCCACCAAGAGACACUAGCAGCCUUCGCUGGCCCUGCCAGACCGGCGCGUCCCGGGCAGCGCGGGCGUCCGGAGACGGAGCGAGCCCGCUGCGGGGCUGGGGCCGCUCUGCAGCCAGGCCCCUCGCCCAGGACCUAGCUUCAGCUUCGCAGUUUCUUUACCAUGGGGGCGGGUGGGGGCACGGGCGUCUCGGUGGGUCUGGCCCCCGGGCCGGGACUGCCUCGUCCCCAGGACCUCAUCUGCGGGCAGAGCAGCCUCCCCGCGGGUGCGAGCGGGGCUGGGGCCGGGCCGUCCCGGCGUGCAGGGAGCCCCGGUGCUCGCCCGCUCUGCACGGCGUUUGGCUGCAGCACGGGAGAGGCCGCGGGCGAGCGCUGUCCCCCCGCCUCGCUCGGCCCCGCGGGCGAUGCUGGAGCCGGCAGGGGCACGGUCGACAUCCUUCCCGCUCCGGAUGCCCGGGGCGGUGCCAUGCGGGAGGCAGACGCGCUCCGGGGGCCGGAGGCAGUGCGGGGAGCCCCGUGGAGCACGUGGUCCUGGGGCACUUGGGCACCCCGUCCCGGCUCCAGGCACCCGGCGGUUUCGGGGGGUGGCUGGGAAACAGCCCCGCGCAGGCACCGCUCCCGGCCCUCGUUGUAGAGGGCCAGGUCUGUCCCGGGCUCCCUCCCCGCGCCGGGGGACGCACCGAGCGGCACAGCCCCGGGGGUCGGGACCAGAGCUUGUCACCGCCACGGCGGGCACCGGCAUGGCCCCGGGCACCGCCGCGUCCCGGCCCGGCCGCGGGGUCCAAGGGGCAGCACCCAGUGAGGGCCUGGCCGGCUGCCGCCGGGCUUGGGCGCGCUUCCCACGGUGGGGAUCCCCGGGGCCGGGGCGGCCGCCGUCUCGCCUGCAGCACGAGCCCCCGGGGCCGGCGGCGGGAUGCCGCCGCCUGUGCCAACACCCGCGUCUCGUCCUGCUCCCCCGCCGCCGCGCACAGGCCCGGAGAGAGGCGCCUGGAUCAGUAUUAGUCUAUUUAUCAGAGGUGUAAAUAUUUCUGUAUAGUUUUCUCCUUUUAGAUUAUUUUGUACGUCGGCAUUGCUCCGUGCAGAGACCUCUCUCCGGGAGGGCGGCGGUGUGGCAGGAAUUUUUUAUUCUGAUUCUAACUUUUUUUUUUUUUUUUUGCCACGGCCUUGUAAACCAGUACUGAGGAUCUGCAGCAAAUAAACACCGACCCUGCGCUCA